GGCCGGACGGCGGCGGCUGCUGCCUCUCUCACACGGCGGAGCGGCGGCGGCAGGGGCAGGUCGCGGCAGCCGCCGCUCCGCGCGAGAGGGCGGCCGUGGAGCCUCCGCCAUGGAGAAGCAGCCCGGCGGCGAGGACGACUGCGUGGACUCGGGAGCCGAGACGGGCGGGUCUGAGUACAGCCGUAUGUCUUCUACCAGCAGUGACCUUUCAGUGGAAGGCAUACAAGACCCAUUCCUUGUUAGUGUACAUAUUAUCACAGACCCAGGUGAAUCCAAGACUCUUCAGCAAGCCAUUGAUAAGCUUCUAGCCUGGAUCCAUCCAGACCUCCAGCUGCUUCAAGUCUCAGAAAGACGAGCACCCAAAAAGCACAGGAAGCCAGGUAAGGCUGGUGUUUCCCAGCCAGCCCUUGCCAUCAUCCUGUUUCUGCAGGAAGAAUAUGGAGAGGAACCGAUUUUGCAGCUCCACAAAACUUUUCAGCAGCCACCUUGGCAUUACCACCACACAGAGCAAGUGCAUGGGAAGUUCCUCCCUUACAUGCCAUGCAGCCAGGACUUUUACACUCUGGCUCCAGAGACUCCUCUGUGGGCCAUUCGCCCAGUGCACUACGGGAAAGAAAUUAUCCGCUUCACUAUAUACUGCAGGAGUGAAAACUUUGCUGACAUUUUGAAGCUGUACGAGUUAAUACUGAAAAGACCAGUAUGUCAGAAAAAAGCAGACUUUUGUGUUUUUCCUGUCUAUUCUAACAUGGAAAUAGACAUUCAGUUUUCUUUAAAAAAGCUUCCAAAGGGCCAGGUGCCAAUGCCAACAGAGUCAGCGGUGCUGGAGUUCAGAGUAAAAGAUGUGGGGCAGCUUGUGCCUCUCUUGCCCAACCCUUGCAGCCCCAUCAGUGAAGGCAGGUGGCAGACAGAAGACCAAGAUGGAAAUAGGAUCCUUUUGCAGCAAGCACGCAGUUGGUGUAGGAAGUCUGCAAAGCAGAGCAAGCAACCAUAUCCAUCUGUGUCAACAGAUUCCUGCUUCACCACACUGCCAGCCUUUCUUCCUCAGAGCCACCCAUCUGUCCCUGAACAACCAAAAGAAAUGGGUCAAGACAAGGCACAUCACACAAACAGCCUUGGUCAUUAUCUUGGUUUCUCCCAGCAGGACUUGAGACACAGUGGUCAAGGAUUCACACACAGAUGCAGCAGUGCCUCCAGCAUUUUGUGGUCAUUUCAGCGAAGCAAGUCGCUGUUCUGCUUGCCCACAGUGAGCUCCUCUUCAGCCUCAGAGACUUCUCAUUUCAGUGAACCAUUUCAGUUUUUAAAUACUGGGUCACCUGAAACUAGGUUAAAAACAUGGAGAUGCAGCCCCAGGCUUAACAUUGAUGACUUGGAGGGUGCCCAGGAGACUGAUGUAGACACAGGGAUGAAGCUGUCCUUCUCAGACCUGUCUGUGGUCUCCGCAUACUCUGCUCUUAAUGGAUUUUUCAAUGACUUGGAAGCCUCUCUUCCCCCACAAAAACAAAGUGUCAGUAAGGCUAAACAGGCAGCCACUGGUGGAAGGCCUGUAUCAGCCAUGUGCAAUACCUUUGAGUCAGUUGAUUCUUCAAUGCCUUCUCUAUCUGAAUGGUCUUCCAGCUCAUUCACAUCAGCAUCUCUCUCCAAGCAGCACAAACAGUCCUCAAAAGCAGCUCCUUGUUCUCUGGAUGAUCAUGGAAGUGUUUGCUCAGUUUCAUCAGUUAAUGAAGAAGAGUUUUACAUCUAAGGUGUCUCUACUUUACACCUUACAGGGCAAACGUGGUUUACUUGUGAAUGACAGCAGCGGGCCCAGCUUGAGCUUGAAGAAGGUUCUUUGCUGAGGAGCAGCUGAUGCAGCAGAUAAUGCUAAAUAUUUGAAGAAAACACUCAGAUCCCUCAGAGAUGUGUGUCCCCAACCUAUGUACAGUGAAGUAGUCUGAGCUUGCACCCUGUACCUUUGUACUGGAGGAGAUGAUCAGCACUGAGGCUUCUCCACAGCAGUGCAAGGUGGAAGGUUGCUUUGACUGACCCUUGAUGGUGAAGACAAUGCCGGAAGAGGCACAUAGUAAUACAUUUUUCUUUUGCAGAAAAGGAAGAGUAAUUUCUGAUACCAAACUGCUUUAACUUUUCUGAGAAAUUCCCUGAACUCAGGAAAGAUGGAAGGAGAAAGGGGUCUUCUUUCUCUUUCACAAGUUCCAAAGGCAGCUCUAAGCACAGCAGAUCCCAGUAGCACAUCUCCAGUAGAGUCAGACAAGAAGUUUUCUGUGAGGACACACACAGUUCCUUCUAAUUUCUGAGAGCUGGCAGUGGUGAGAGGGGUGAGAAGUUUCAUUCCUUCCCCAGGGAAGAAGAAGCUCCACUAUAUCUGAUGAUAGUCCAGGAUGAGGAAAGUGCCAAAAGGGGAAACCUUACAGAACAUUUUCAACUCAUAUUCUUUCCAGCUGGAAAGAAGCCAUCUGGGCUACUGUCUGAACCCUGUGGACAGUGGUAACCCAAGUAAACCACUUAUAAUUCAGGCAGUACAGAGUUUACCUUUUUGGAAUUCAAAUCAAGGAAGAUAACCCAUCAUUUUUAUACAAUGCUACAUCACCAGUCCCAAAUAUAUAGCAGCUCCUUAUUUUUUAAGGGAUUGUUAUUUUUCCACUAAAAAUAAUUAAUGCAGAAACUUAUUCUUUGUAUUUCCAGUUCAAGCAUACUUCUCUCUCAGAUACCUCCCUCCAAAGAGAGAACAACUCAAAUUUUAUUGGAUUUUCAAGUAAAUUUUUAAGUACGUGUUCUUGAUAACUUGUUUUGCUCCAAUUAAUUUGGUAUUAAAAUCAAAAAGUAAGUUAAAAGCUAUUACUGUGACAGCUAAGUACUUUCACCAGGAUUUAAGUUGUAUAAACAGAUUGCAUCAUGAAGAGUUACAUUUUUGGCAGAGAAGAGGCACUGAUUGUAGCUCUGAUCUAGCCAAUGAGAAAAUGAACAUUUUAAAAUGUGUAUGUAUAAUGCUGGAUGUAAGCUAUAUACAGAUACAGAUGCUGAAGACUUGCCAUGAUGACAUUGUGGUGGAUAGAAUAAAAACAAAUUUGUGGAGAAAAAAUGUUUGCUAUAUUACCAGGCAGUUUUAAUCAGAAGACUUGCUGCUUGGGGGG